UCUUUAAGAUUUUUGGGGGGGAUAACAUCAGGAGGGUUUGUCUAGGCGAGCCAAUCAAGUCCCUCCCCUGCUAUAUAGAUCGGUGCUAUAAUACAAAGCAGUAAAAGCGGUCGGCUCACACACGCAGCUGCAGCUCGGCUUCAGACCCCGUGGCUUUUUUUCAUUCCCUCACUACUUUUUUCCUCAGCUUUCUUCGAUGCGCCCCGUUAGCGCCGUUUGUCCGAGGCGUUCAUUUCCGCACCUGCCGCGAUAGAGAGCGAGCCGAGGCGCAGUGGAAGGAGAGACAAGGGCAUUGCAAGAGCCUGGGGAGAGCAGGCAGACGGCUGAGACAGCAGCAGUGACUCGUUUAAGAUCUUAAAAGGAGGAGGAGGAAAAUAAAAUCAUGCUGCUGUGGACCAGAAUAGCUUUGGUCGCUCUCAUCUGCGUGUCCUUGGUGUCCUUUGGGAUGGGAUGCGGACCGGGCAGGGGGUACGGCAGGAGAAGGCACCCGAAGAAGCUGACACCUCUUGCGUACAAGCAGUUCAUCCCCAACGUGGCGGAGAAGACCCUCGGGGCGAGCGGCAGAUACGAAGGCAAGAUCACGAGAAACUCCGAGCGGUUCAAGGAGCUGACUCCCAAUUAUAACACAGACAUCAUCUUCAAGGAUGAGGAGAAGACCGGUGCCGACAGGAUGAUGACUCAGAGAUGCAAAGACAAGCUGAACUCGCUGGCCAUUUCGGUGAUGAACCAGUGGCCCGGGGUGAAGCUGCGCGUCACCGAGGGAUGGGACGAGGACGGACAUCACUCCGAGGAGUCCCUCCACUACGAGGGCAGGGCCGUGGACAUCACCACCUCAGACAGGGACAAGAGCAAAUACGGGACUCUGUCCAGGCUGGCGGUGGAGGCCGGAUUCGACUGGGUGCACUAUGAGUCCAAAGCGCACAUCCACUGCUCUGUCAAAGCUGAAAACUCAGUGGCAGCGAAGUCCGGCGGCUGCUUCCCCGGUUCCUCCACCGUCUCCCUCCAGGAUGGCACCAAGAAGGCGGUGAGAGACCUCCAGCCCGGUGACCGGGUCCGGGCGGCGGACAGCGAGGGGAACCCAGUGUACACCGACUUCAUCAUGUUCAUAGACCGGGACUCGAGCACCAGGAGGACCUUCUACGUGAUCGAGACCGAAACGGGCCAGAAGAUCCGCCUAACCGCGGCGCACCUCAUCUUCACCGGAAGUGAACGGAACUCCACGCGGAUGUCGGCGGUGUUCGCGAGCCAGGUGCGACCCGGACAGCAGGUGUUCGCCUGGGACGGAGAGCGCCUCGCAGCAGUGUCCGUGAAACGGAUUUACACGCAGGAGCACGUGGGCUCCUUCGCGCCGGUGACGGCGCAGGGGACCGUGAUGGUGGACCAGGUGCUCGCGUCCUGCUAUGCAGUGAUCGAGGACCACCAGCUGGCGCACUGGGCCCUGGCACCCGUCAGGAUCACCCACCGGGUGUCCUCGCUGCUCUUCAGCUCCCGGCCUCAGGGCAGCGCACAGAAGGACGGGCUACACUGGUACUCCAAAGUCCUUUAUCAGCUGGGGACAUGGUUGUUGGACAGCCACUCCAUCCAUCCACUCGGGAUGUCGGUUUAUCCAAGUUGAAACGUCGACAGGAGAAGAGACUCUGGUGUAGGACACUCGAACUGUUCAGUAGCUUCAAUUAUAAAACAAUAAAAAACAAACAAAAAAAACAGAACAAACGAGACAAAGGCCCCAGCGGAGUCUGGAUAUUUAUUUCAGAGACUUUUCCCUUCAAAGAAUGGAGCCUUAAAUAUUUUUUUCCUCUUUGAAUAAUUUAUUCUCAUGUGAACUCUGCUGCUGUCCCAAAAAAAAGGACUCUGAAACAGUGCCAGCAGCAAAAUGUGCAUAAUCUAUUUUUGUAUAUCUCAACUGCAAAAAAGAUGAAAAAAAAUUAAGAAAAAAAUGUUUAAAAAAAAUAAGAAAAAUACUGCAAAGAGAACGAAGGUGCGCCAGACUGACGGAAAACUGACUGUUAUAUUUUGGGGGAAGAACAAACUUCGCGGGGUUCCAUAAAUUAUAUUUUUAUACACAGAAUUGUAAAUUAGAUUUUGACAGAUCGCUACAGAAUCACGUUUCGUUAUUUGAAAUAGUGUAAGAUAUGAGAAUAUAUUUUAAUUUAAAAAUAAUACAGUAGCUGGGAAAAGUAUUGGACUUUUGUUUAUUAUUAGGAACUUUAUAAUAAUAAUAAUUAUUAUUAUUAUGUAAACUUUUGUCACAGAGGGGCAGGUUUGCCUCAUGUCUGCUUUGGUUUGGGAGGGGGGUUGUCUCCAUUUUUCUGUUUUCCUUUUGAGAAAAAAAAAACAUCAAAAUGCAGAUUUCUGACAGUAACCGCUAAAGUAGAACUGAAGCAGUUUGGUUGAAUAAAUUAAUUAAUAAGUAACUCCUGUAAAUGUACUAAAUGUUAUUUUUCUUUUCAUAUUUUGUUAUAAUAGGGAACUAGUUUUCUAUAGAAGAUGACCUGCGGCAGAUGCAGUCUUGGAUAGUCUACAUAGGCGGACGAUAACUUUCAUAACAGGGCGAUGUGUCAACAAAUGUCUAGAGUUUAUAAUUUAUAUGUUUAUUACAAAAUGAGAUAAAGAAACUCUUCAAAACUUGCA